GGCGCAGUCUUGAAGAAAGCUUGAGCACUUGGGGACUGUGACAAUUGUUCUUCAUAUUUUGGUGAAAUUGUUUCUUCAUAUUAAACAAUCAUCCAAAACAAGAAAAUUAAAUCAAGAAAACGCCAAAAAGGCCUUCAAAACCCCCUCCACUCCCGGCAAAAGCACCCUGCGUCUCCUUUUCCCACAAACAGACGAAUUCAUAUGUAUUUGUCUUUGUCGGUAUUCUUCGGCUUUGAUCUGCGAAUGGGUCGCGGAAGCCGCAGGAGAUGCAAACAUUAGAUUGAGUCCUUCAUGGGAAUGCAUAUGAAGCCAUUUCCUGUGUCUUUUUAAAUUUCAGUUUUUUUCUAAUGUGUUUUUCUCCUUGAGUGAGUAAAGAUAGAGUAUUGGGCAAAUGGGAAUGGCAACGGAGUCGAGAAUGGAUCAGUAUGAUAUUAUGGAACAGAUUGGCAGGGGGGCAUUUGGUGCUGCAAUUCUCGUUCAUCACAGACAAGAGAAAAAGAAGUAUGUGCUAAAGAAGAUUCGGUUAGCACGACAAACGGAGCGGUGCAGAAGAGCUGCUUAUCAAGAGAUGGCUUUAAUUGCCCAAGUUCAACACCCUUAUAUAGUCGAAUUCAAAGAAGCAUGGGUGGAGAAGGGUUGCUAUGUUUGCAUUGUUAUUGGCUACUGUGAAGGUGGCGAUAUGGCUGAAUUGAUGAAGAAAGCAAAUGGAUUAUACUUUCCCGAAGAGAAACUUUUGAAGUGGUUCACUCAAUUACUGUUGGCAGUUGAAUAUCUGCAUUCAAGUUUUGUUCUACACCGUGACCUGAAAUGCUCUAACAUCUUUCUGACAAAGGGUCAAGAUGUUCGGCUAGGUGAUUUUGGGCUUGCUAAAACAUUGAAGGAAGAUGACUUGACUUCUUCAGUUGUUGGAACUCCCAAUUACAUGUGCCCCGAACUUCUUUCAGAUAUUCCUUAUGGCUUCAAAUCGGAUAUUUGGUCUCUAGGAUGCUGUAUGUAUGAAAUGGCUGCUCAUCGGCCUGCCUUUAAAGCAUUUGACAUGGCAGGAUUAGUAAGCAAGAUUAACCGAUCAGCUAUUGGCCCGCUUCCUCCGUGUUAUUCUCCAUCCAUGAAGACGCUGAUUAAGGGCAUGCUAAGAAAGAAUCCUGAGAAUCGACCUACUGCAUCUGAACUCCUGAAGCACCCCUAUUUGCGGCCCUAUGUUGAUCAAUAUCGCCCAUCCUGCAAUCCUCCUGCAAGUUCCCCCGAGAAGCCUCUUUCCGUUGUUCAUAACAAUCGAAAGCCUAUGGUUGAAAGCUGUAGCAGUACUAGUUCAGCAGGUUCUGGGAAUGCCAUUGAAGCUCCACCUAAAGCUCCAAAGCCAAUUUCAGUAACGCAUUCUCUGAAACAUAAGUUGCUUGCUUCCGAUUCCUCUCCAAAAACUAAGCCUAGACACGAGGGAAUCUCUUCCUCCUGGCCUGUAAAAGACGGAUUUCCUUCCAGGGCGAGACAAAGAACGCCUAAUUUAACUAGACGAUCAUCGAUUCCUCCUGCAGUGAUGAGGCAGGCGGGAAGUGAUGCUCCCGACAAUGUGGACAAUAAUAAGAAGGUUCGGGAUAUGGAUGACACUUUGAAGGAGCACCAACAACAAAGAGAUGUUGCUCGUGAGAAAUCAAAUACAAUUACCGUCACCUUUGAGAAUACCCUCCCACGUUCUGAAGCACUGGCUGCUUUUAACGACGAUGCUUCAACUAGCAGGCCUCCUAGUAGUUCUAUUCCUACAUCUAGUGGUCACGAUAAGCAUAUCGUAAAGGAAUUUGCCUCUUCAACAAAAGGUGCCUCUCUUGUUCCCUUGAGCCAAAACAAUGGGCUUCGAUCAGACCACACUUCAGAAAUGGACGGUGAAGAUAACCUUACACUGAAAGAAUUGUUUUCCUCCCAAACAGACAAUGCCCCCCCUUUCACCCUCCCUCCUCCCUCAGAUACCAAAAAGACUUUGAAGCUUGAGAAUGCUAUCCAUCAUGAUAGUUAUCAGGUUGGAACCGAGGAGCCAGUGAUUGAAAACUUUGGGAAACUGACAGGCAUAGGAGUAAUUGCUGAGAUUGAUAUUACAGCAAACCAUGCAAGCCCCGCCAUUCCAAAAUCAUCUAGUACUGAUGGAAGUACGACGCCGAAAUCAGAUCACUGUGACUAUGUCAAAUCUAAGGAAAUGGAUUCAGGAAACCUCAGCAAUACCGCCUCCCCUGUCUCAGCUUUGGAUUCUUCCACACCAGCAAACCCCAACCCUCGAGUUGCAGAGGAAAGACCCGUAAAAGAGGCGUUAGAUGUCAAGUCUUUCAGGCAGAGGGCAGAGGCGCUUGAAGGUCUAUUAGAAUUGUCAGCUGACUUACUGGAGCACAAUAGAUUAGAAGAGCUUGCCGUCGUUCUGAAGCCUUUUGGAAAGGGCAAGGUUUCUCCAAGGGAGACCGCAAUCUGGUUGGCCAAAAGUCUGAAAUGAGUAAUGCAUGAAGAUUCAGCUCACAAUUCAUGAUCAUUAUUCAUAUGAUAUGUGCAUCCAUUGCUCAAUAUUUCAGCCUUUUUUUUUUUUUUUUUUUUUUUUUUUUUCUAAUUUUUUUCCAUUUUCAAGUUCCAUUUGAAUCCUUGAAGACAAAUGUUACAGUUGACUCCUGCAUUGGUAUAUUACCCAGAUGUUUUUGUUUUUUAAUUUCUUAGUAUAGUACAUUG